ACCUUGCAGGGUUACAAGAAUCAAUUCUCUUCCUGCACGAAAGUUUUACAAGAUUCUGCUUAACUACUUGGAGCUCGUCUCCUUUAGGCGGCUUUCUUCAAAUAUGAUUUCCAUAGUUGCAAUUUUCUUGUGGACAACAUCAGUCACCAUAUGUGCUGCCAUUAUUAUUUUCGUCGGAUUGGUAAUCUACCUGCUCUAUGUCCACGCGAAGUACGACCAUUUGCCCGGACCCAAAAGAGGUGGCUUCUUCACGGGUAACAUGGCGUUAGUCUACGAAAAGAGAACCAAAUUGAACUUAACGAUCCACCAGAUUUGGGCGGAGCUUGCCUUGCAGCACUCCCCGAUGUUUGUGUUUUGGUUUUUCCAUCGUCCAGUCGUUAUUGUGACGGACGCGCAGCUGGUAAAGGAAGUAUUAAUUACGAAAAAUCUGCCGAGGGACAAGUUCGGAUACAGCCAUCUCGCCUCGCUGUUUGGUGAGAGAAUGCUCGGACAAGGACUUCUUUCCGAAGUUUCCGAGGAGGAGUGGCGCUGGAAGAGAGCCACAUUGGAUCCAGGGUUUUACCGUCCGAGUAUAGUGGGGAUGAUAGACAAUUUUAAUACGACAUGCGACUCCUUCUUACAAAGAUUAGAGAGCCUUGCUGAUGGCAAGGCGGAAGUUUCUAUGGCUGAAGAACUUGUUAGGAUAAACUUGGACUUGAUAGCAAAGGUUGCCUUUGACCUGGAUUUGAACUCCACAAGUAAUCCUGAUACCCCUAUACCUAUCAACAUUAGAAUAGCUCUGGAGGGUCUCAUUCAAAGUUUCAGAAAGCCUUUCAUGCGGUUCCAGCCCUCCACUUUUGGUUACCAAGCUAAAUGCAGAGAGGCUGUAUGUUUUGUGAGAGGUGUGGCCAAGGAAGUGAUUGAGAAAAGAUGGAAGGCAAAAGAGAGAGGAGAAGAUCAGCAUAAUGAUCUCUUGUCACACAUUCUUCUGUUACCUGAGAGAGACAGGCACACCACAAUGAAUGACAUGGUAGAUCAUUUCAUGUCAUUUGUAGUUGGUGGAGAGGAGACCAUCUCGAACCAUUUAACGUUUCUUCUUGCGGCAAUAACUUCUCAUCCUGAGGUGGAGGAAAGAAUUGUGGCCGAAAUUGAUGAAGUCCUUGGCAGUCGUUGUUCCGUGCGCUACGAAGACCUCGCAAGGCUCAAGUACCUGGAACAGACAAUCAAGGAAGCUCUGCGCCUGCAUCCUCCAGAACCAGCAAUCACGCGCAUGGCAAACGAAAGCAUGAUCAUGGGCGGUGUCCACAUUCCCGCCAAAACGAGCAUCAUGGUGAACGCUUAUGUUCUUCAUCACCAUAGUAACUACUGGGACAACCCGGAGGAAUUCGAUCCAGAGCGCUUUGCGACGUGUAAUCUUGAGAAUGUAGAGCACUAUGCGUACAUUCCUUUCUCUCUCGGCCGUCAUACGUGUAUCGGCAUACAUUUUGCUCAAAUUGAGACCAAACUGUUAAUUGCCCGUUUGCUUCAAACAUUCAAAUUCAAUCUUGUUCCAGGUCAAGACCUCAAACAAAUAGAACACAUGACCUUGAGCCCAAAGAAUGGGGUGAGGUGCAAGCUGUCCCUCAGGUGAAUGCUGCCAUCUCCAGCAUUUUAUCUCAAGUUUGACCUAGUCGGAAAGGAAACCUCCACUGGUGGAACGGAGUGUCGCUGAACGGCGCAGGAUUAGCCCAUGUUGUAGAGCGUUGGACUACUGCACCAACACGCUCAGGGCUUUUCCUAUAGCGUCCACAAAUGGUCAGACAAUCUAGUCUUCUCAGAUAAGGACGAUAAACCGUAGGUCCCAUCUCCUGCAUUUUCUCUGUUCUGGUUAGCAGGGGACGUUAAAGAACCCACGCACUUCUCGCAAAGAGUAGGGAACCUAGCUCCUGGUGGUGUGGUUUGGCCUUCUUAUUGUAAAUGCAGGCCCUCCUUUAAUUUAGCUUUCAAGCUGAACUGGGCCAGCUAGGCUUGUGUAAAAAUAAAAAAAUUAGAUACUUUUUUUAAAGUUAAAAUUUGGCAUAAGUGGGAAUGGAGUUGUUAGUGGUCUUAGUGUGGAAAAAUAAACACAAAGAAACAGCUACUCGCUGUUUUGAACUGGAAUCUGGA